CGGGCGUCGGUUCCGAGACAUGAGACGAGGCGGUUCAGCUCGGAUUUGCGACCAAUCAAUUGGAACGCUCUCAUAGGCUAAAAUAUUAAGCUAGUUCGCGAUCACUCAGCCCUAUGGCUUGGAGUGUGAAAACCCUAGUGGUCGCGUGGAAUUGUAUUGAUCUAUGUACUAUCUUCGCAUCCGAUACAGCCCAUCGAGGUUACAUGACGCGAGGUUGUCGUGCUAUAUAAUAUAAGCUGAUAUCUGGGGUAUCACAAGGUAAACACGUGGGUUGGUGAUGAAGUAGUGCUUGGCUUCAUUCGAUGAUUUACGGUCUCAUCUCGAUAUUGUAUCGUGUGAACAUAAUCAAAACUCUCUAGCUAGAUGACCGGCAAUACUAACGUAAUAUCCGAUUUAUGUUGUGAUAUUUAUAGAAAGCUCCGUACUCUUGUACGGGAACUUGGAGGAAUGUCUCCGAAAUCCAGUAAUGACUCAACGCAUGGUUGGUUAUAUCCUGUGGUCUACACUACAGUACCUCCUUUACUGUCUUUCAAGCGGGGAAAUGUCGGCUCCUCGAGCUGAUGAUAGUUCAGCAAGUUCACAGGUCUACCCUGGUCCCGCUAUUGUUGGACUUAAUAUAUAUAGACAAAUAGCCGGCCACUCUCAGGAUUGUACGCGUAAUCGCUGCGAUGGAAUAAACUUAUAGUUAUAAGUUUGUCUUCGGUAACUAUAGUUAACGAGGCUUCACUUAGUAACUUGAAGGAAUAUUUCUCGCGUCGGGCAAGGUACAUUCUCAAUAAGACUUUACCGAGACCUUGCCCGAAGUCAAUCGAAGUCAGUGUAUAGAAUCCGGCAUGUUUGUAGUGUAAAUGGUGAUGUCGUU